AUGUUCGCCGCUCGCACUACCCGCACCAUCUCCAACAUCUCUCGCAGGAGCAUGUCCACCCAGUCCGUCUACAUCCUCGGCGCCCAGCGCACCCCCAUCGGCGCCAAGGACGGUUCGCUCGCGACCGUCUCGGCCGCCGAGCUCGGCGCUACUGCCGUCCAGGCUGCCCUCGCCAAGGCUGGCGUCAAGCCCGAGCGCGUCGAGGAGAUUUACAUGGGCCACGUCGUUCAGGCCGGUACUGGGCAGUCGCCUGCCCGCCAGGUUGGCAUUAAGGCUGGUCUCCCCCUCUCGGCUGACGCUACCACCAUCAACAAGGUGUGCGCGUCGGGCAUGAAGUCGAUCUCUCUCUCGGCUCAGGGCAUCCAGCUUGGUCAGCGUGGCCUCACCGUCGCCGGUGGUAUGGAGAGCAUGUCGCAGGCUCCCUUCCUCACCCAGCGCCACCUCCCCGGCUUCGGCCACUACGAGGUCAAGGACUCGCUUGUCGUCGACGGCCUGUUCGACGUCUACAACAAGUUCCCCAUGGGCAACUGCGCCGAGCACACUGCCGCCCAGCUCAACAUUACCCGUGAGCAGCAGGACGACUUCUGCGAGUCGUCGUACAACCGCGCUCAGGAGGCUUGGGCCCAGGGCCUGUUCAACGAGGAGAUUUGCCCCGUGACCGUCAAGACCCGCAAGGGUGAGGUCGUCGUCAAGGAGGACGAGGACUACAAGAAGCUCCUCAAGGACAAGUUCCGCGGCAUCCGCUCCGUCUUCAUCAAGGACGGCACCGUUACCGCCGCCAACUCGUCGACUCUUAACGACGGCGCUGCCGCUGUUGUCCUUGCGUCCGAGGAGGUCGUUCAGAAGGAGGGCUACAAGCCCAUUGCCAAGAUCCUUGGUUACGCCGACGCCGCUGCUGCCCCCAUCGACUUCCCCACCGCCCCUACCCUUGCCGUUCCCAAGGCCCUCGAGGCCGCUGGCGUGACCAAGGACGACAUUGCGCUUUGGGAGUUCAACGAGGCUUUCUCGGUCGUCGGCGUCGCUGCUGAGAAGGUCCUCGGCCUCGACCACUCCAUUGUCAACACCCGUGGCGGCGCUGUCGCUAUGGGCCACCCCAUCGGCUGCUCCGGCACCCGUAUCAUCGUCACCCUCAUCCACGCCCUCAAGCCCGGACAGAAGGGUGUCGCCGCCAUCUGCAACGGUGGUGGUGCUGCCACCGCCAUGGUCAUCGAGCGCCUCUAG